GUGCUUGUAGCGAUAAAGAAAUAAUAAAAUAAGCUGAUGUUGAUCAUUACUUUUGAUUCAUAAAUUUUGUUGUUUGCAGUUGUAACAAUGUCCUUGAUCUUUACGUGGCAUGUAUGAUUGACAGCCAAUGUUUCUUUCGUUUUAGGGUUAGUAUGUUAAAACAUUCUUAACACUGUUCGACCUUAAGUGGGUCAACAUAUCUGUUGACAGUGCUGUUGACAAAAACUGGAAACUUUUUAUGGACAUUUCAAAAAGUUGUCGGAUGUUCGACCGCGGCCUUUCCUCGCAUAGUUUUGUAAGAGUCAUAAUCCAAUUUGUGAUAUCUCGUCUGGAAUCAAGACGCUAAUUGGAUAAUUGAGUAGAACAGUGCAUAGCUAGCUAUACGCGUUCCCGUUGCAAUCAUUGUCGUAGUCGCUUUAUCAGCAAAUCAUAAAAAUGAAGAUUUUUUUCACCGAAAAAGAUAAUGCAGCGGUUGGAAAAAGAGUUCGAGCAGUUGGUAUGUGCUACUUUUCUGGAAAUGAUCUGUCAGUGGGGAAAGUAUAUACUUUGAAAAGGAACAAGGCCAACAAAAACGAUACAAAUUGCCUGGAAAUACGAGAAGUAGUCAGACCAAGAGCAGUCAUUAAUAGAGAGAUCGCAAAGCUGAUUUCGCCUUUACUCGACAAUGGAAAACUGCAUAACGCUGAUUGUGAAGUUAUCGAAGAAGCAAAGUGGUCAAGGGGUGACACCCGAACACCAGCAAGAGCGCACAAGGUUAAAGUAGGGAUUACUUUUACCGAUAAAGCUGAUCCAGAAAUACAAAGACUUCUUGAAUUGUUGAAGAAAGAAUAUAAACAAGAAAGCUGAUCUCUGAACAUUGACAAUGUACUUAUUUACCAGUAACAAGGUCUAACAACAUUCUUCAGUUGACAGGGAAAAUAGUUUCAAACUUGCAUUAUUCAAAUUGUUAUAAUUCUAGUAGAUUGAUUUUAUUCAGCGAAACUUCACUGUAUGUUUAAUGUUUUUGUGACAGAAUUAAUAAAGCUCGUUUACU